CCCCCCCCCCCCCCCCCUUGGAGGAUAAGAUUUGCAGAGAAGAGGUAAGGGAGAUGGGUAGAGCACCUUGUUGCUCUAAAGUUGGUUUACACAGAGGUCCAUGGACUGCAAGGGAGGAUACAUUGCUCACUAAGUAUAUCCAAGCUCAUGGCGAAGGCCACUGGAGAUCUCUCCCUAAAAAAGCAGGGCUUCUCAGAUGUGGAAAGAGUUGCAGACUAAGAUGGAUGAAUUACUUGAGACCUGAUAUCAAGAGAGGGAACAUCAGCCCAGACGAGGAGGAUCUCAUCAUCAGACUCCAUUCACUUCUGGGCAACCGAUGGUCUUUAAUUGCAGGAAGAUUGCCUGGUCGAACUGAUAACGAGAUCAAGAACUACUGGAAUACCCAUCUCAGAAAAAAGAUCAAGAACCAGGGGACUGAUCCUAGUGCCCAGCAGAAAACAAAACGUGAACCCAGAAAGAGAAAGACCAGCAACAACAAUGGCAGCAACAAGAAGCAAAAACAGAGCAAAAACAGGGGUAGAGCAAAUAAUGGAGGAGGUGAUCAGAUUCAUCAGACACAGACGAAAAUCCAUCUCCCAAAGCCCAUCAGGGUCACAUCUCUGUCGAUGACAAGGAACAACAGUUUCGAGAGUGGAUCUUCCAGUAGUUAUAAUGGAGUAAUUGAAAGUGAUAAUGGAGUUAUUGGCACAGAAGUAGUAGAAUUCCAAUUCCCAUGGUCUUCAUCUGAUCUCAACGAAGACAUUGUGAUUGGUUGUGGUCUAGGAUGCGAAUCUGAUCCAGUUCCCACAAGGGAGAACAUGUUUGAGAAGCUGUACGAGGAGUAUCUACAACUCCUCAAGAAAAAGGAAGAAGAAGAAGAAGAGAAGGAUCUGUUACAGUUAGAUUCCUUUGCAGAAUCCUUAUGGGUCUGAUGAAAAAGUAGUAGAAGGAUUAAGAACAUCAACACAAGACUACAAAGCCAUGAUUGAGUUUGAGACUUUUACUUUCCAAAACUGUUGCAGUCAUGUGCUCACCUUCUCUUCCCCACAACCAAAACUCAAACCACGUUAUAUUUCUUAGGGUAUUGUAUGUAAUAUUGUAAUGUCACUAUGUACCAGUCUUUAUCUGCACAUACUGUCAAGUUUUAGUUAAGAUUCUAGACAGAGUUGGUCUGUGUUUUAAAAUUUCAAUAUAUAUAUAUAUAUAUAUAUAUUUUU